CAGGUGACGUGGAACUACGAUGGCGCAGACAAAGACACCACAGGCUCUACCCGUCGUCGCAGCGAUGUGUGCUCCGAUGUCUUCACCCAAGCCUGCCUGGCCAAGUACGGCUGCGACACCCGCUACGAGAUUCCGCAAGACUGGCCUACGACGUGUGAUAAAGCUCCUCCAGCCGCCUUUAUCGAAGGCGGCAACGGCGCCGCAGUCAUGUGCGCCUCGUACCGGCAGCAGUCUCUGCAAGGACGUCUGCUCGCCCAAGUGGCCAAUCUCUACGUGAGUGCAAGAGCCCCGAUGCCGGACUGUGCUAUCGAUUGAAUGCUGAUCGGAUCUCUUGUAUCUCCUCCUUUCUCUCUUUUCGUGGUCUCGCUCGAUUACAGCGCGCAUGCCUCGAGCGAGUACGGCAAAGUGCUGGCUGGAGGGGCUACACUGAACAAAAACAACGCAAAGGCAAGCACGACGAUUACCGGACGGGCUCCAGGCAAGACGACAACCUCGGGUGCCUACACCUAUACGACGCGAGAGUACGUCGGCAACAACCAGUAUGCAAGCUGCAGCGCGUCAUCUUCGUCCAGCGAUGGCUGCUCCAAUGGCAAUGUGGCACGGAGCCUGCAGACAGCGGCCGUUGCGAACACCGGAGAAGGCGCUACCAGUCGUCCUACAGUCACCCUUCCACCUCCACGACUGCAACGCUACGACCAGCGCGACAACCUUCAGCCCCGAGCCACCGCGUCAUGCUCCCGAAAGUCGGACAAAGACCGCUCAAAAGACAAGGCGCGCACAGCUAGGCGCGCCGUGGAUUCAGCAAAGGACCUCAUCGACGGCUUCGACGAUGCCGAGGACAUUGCGCAGGCGAUCAAGGAUGCCGCCCGACUGGGUCUCGCGGGGGCCCUCGCCGCUGCCGCGGCCGCCGAUCUGCUCUCCGAUGACGACGACAGCUCUGGCAAUCGCGACGACGUGUAUGCAGAUGCUUCCUCUGCACUCUCGGCGGCGGCACCCAUGCGCACUUAUAGCGACUCUGAUGUGCAAGAAGCGUACACAGACUUAUCGGUGGCAGCCACAGAAGCCAGUUCGGCUGCGGACAUUGCCAGCACGUACCUGCCGAGCAAACCGACCGCAACGACGACGUCCACUACGGCAAAACCGACUACAGCGCCAACGACGACGACCACUGCCAAGCCAUCAACGCAGCCGACUAGCAAGGCAACCACAUCCUCGACGAGCACGGCACCGCAGCCAACGUAUGCACCGCCAAGUGGCGGCUGCUACGGCGAGGGGGACAAGGCCAGGAACCCGGUGUGGAAUCCGCUGUGCUCCGGCGACCAGGAGCUUCGUGCGUACUUCAACACCCGUCGCGCCCACACCAUCCUCGCCAAGGGCUCCAAGGGCUUUGCGCCGCUUUUUCUCUUUGGUGACCGCGCUUCGCAGAUCGACAAGGUCUACCCGUGCAUCAACAAGGACGCCGUUGGUGACGACUUUAAAAUCAUCUCAGACGAGCUCAUCUUCGACCACGCCUACCAGACCCAGACCCGCCGUGGGCUCAAUGACACUCUCGAUGAUGGCAUCUUCGAGGGUAUUGAAGGUCUCGUCAAUGUGGCCUCGCCGCUUGUAGGACAAGACAUCUUCUUGCAUCCGCUCUGAGCGGCGAUUCCUCUUUUGCGAAAUGGGCGAGCGAAGACACAGCGUCGAGAAGCUCCUUGUUCAGGAAGAUAUGUCCACAACAAGCCAAGCUGGACAACGGAAGAGGCUCAUGCGAUGGAUCCGUGUGCGGCGGGCGCAGUGGCAAAGCUUGUUUGAAUUGUGGCUCGAGUGCGCUAAGCAGAAUCAAUAUCGUGCGGUUAUUUACGGCGGCGAAAAGCCAGAGAGUGGCUGUCUUGGGCUUGCCUUUUGCGCGGGAUGAUGCAGAUGGAUGUCUCUGCCUAUGCCAAGACAGAUGCUGACAGAUGGGAUGAUCUCGUUCCGUGA